CCAAUCCAUUCCUUCCCCAACCCAGUGCGGCCAGCGCCCACCGCCGUCACCAUGGACAUCCGGCUGCUCCGCCCGUCCGACAUCCCGCUGAUCCAGCACGCGAACCUGGAGAACCUGCCCGAGAACUACUUCCUCAAGUACUACCUGUACCACGCGCUGUCGUGGCCGCAGCUGUCGUUCGUCGCCGUCGACGUGUCGCGCCCGCCCAAGACCCCCUACGACUACCCCAAGAUCGUCGGCUAUGUGCUCGCCAAGAUGGAGGAGGAGCCCGCCGACGGCGUGCAGCACGGCCACAUCACGUCGCUGUCCGUCAUGCGCACCCACCGCCGCCUGGGCAUUGCCGAGAAGCUGAUGCGGCAGAGCCAACUAGCCAUGGUCGAGACCUUCGGCGCGCACUACGUGUCGCUGCACGUGCGCGUGUCCAACAAGGCCGCCAUCCACCUGUACCGCGACACGCUGGGCUUCAAGACGGAGAAGACUGAGUCCAAGUACUACGCCGACGGCGAGGACGCCUACUGCAUGAAGCUCGACCUGGGCUUCAUCCGCGAGCAGCUGCGCGAGGAGGCGGACGCCGAAAACGACGGGGCGGACGACGAGGAUGCGGCGGCGGCGGGCCGGUCGGAGAAGGCGAAGAAGACGAGGAAGGCCGGCGGCAGCGGGCAAGCGGACGGCAAGAAGGACAAGGAGGGGGACGCGGUCGACGAGGGCGAGCCGGUGGGUGACGUCGGCCGGGAGCCGGCGGAACUUAAGAAGGCCGAGCCGAAGUUUAAGGUCAAGGUCGGGCGAGGGCUAGGCGUCGGCGAGCUGAUAGAGAAGGACGAGAGUAAACAUAGCUAAGGGGGGAAGUGGCGUAGGUAGGUUAAAAAAAAAAGCCGUUGUGUGACCACACGGAAACCGCUGGGAUUAAAGGGCUCACAUAGAUCGGGGCUCAACCGAUUUGAUCACAAUCUGUCCAAGAAGCGAACGUGGAACAUGAAAAGAGGAGCAGUGAUUACACUAUCUAAGGAGCUACCUAACUACCUAUUUUAAC